UUCCUUGUUGACGUUUUGUUUUAGGAAAAGGCGGUAAAUGGUGAGAGGGCACAGGUCUGUGUCUAGGGCUUGGCUCCAGUUUGUUCGUGGUUUCUGCAGCGUUCACCGCAGCACUGACGGACAGUGGUCGGAGAUGGCGGGUAAGAGAGGAGCGCUCAUCGUGCUGGAGGGGGUAGACAGGGCCGGGAAGACCACGCAGUGCAGCAAGCUGGUUCAGGCUCUGCAGCAGAGCGGCAGGCCGGUUGAGAUGAUGAGGUUCCCCGACAGGACCACGACGAUCGGUCAGCUGAUUGGGGCUUACCUGGAGAACAAGAGUGAUUUGGAGGACCACACGGUGCACUUGUUGUUCUCUGCAAACCGCUGGGAGAUGGUGCCUGUAAUGAAGAAGAAGCUGGAGCAAGGCAUCACUCUGGUUGUAGACAGGUACGCUUUCUCUGGAGUUGCUUUCACUAGCGCUAAGCCGGUAAGUGCAUUUAUUCUGCUUUUCAAACUCCAUCCAUCAGUUCGGUAUUGCAACAUGCAGUCGAGCGUGACAGAUGGAGGUUUUUGUCUUCUUCAGGGCUUCCGCCUGGACUGGUGCAUGCAGCCUGAUGUGGGACUGCCAAAGCCAGACCUUGUAAUGUUUCUGCAGCUGAACCCGGCCGAGGCCGCUCUCAGAGGACAGUUUGGGCAAGAGAGAUACGAGACGAGCGUCUUCCAAAGAACAGUGCAACAGCGGUUUGAACAGCUGAUGAAGGAUCAGACAGUAAACUGGCAGGUGAUCGAUGCAGCACAGAAUAUUGAAAAUGUUCACAAAGACAUCACAGCCCACAGCCUCAAUGCCAUCAACAAAGCACAGAACCUGCCGCUCGGAGAGCUCUGGAGUGAAACUCUUAAAAACUAAAGUCCUCUCCUGCACCCCACAAACUUUAUCCCACACGUUUAAUUGAGUAAAAUAUUACGUCCCACACUUGUACAAGUCAAGAGAGCUAUACAAAUUGAAAUUCAGCUCUUUUUAUUUUUGCUUUUUUCAUUCUUUUACAUAUCUAUUGUUCUGUCACCUGCCUAUAUACUGUUUUGAUUAAAUAAAUAAUCUUCAAAUGGA